ACCUGCCGGCCAACGAGGAACGAGUGACGACGACGUGCUAACGAGUUAGCCGGGUAGCUACCGCUAUCCGGUGUGUGCGCGGUGGAGCUGAAUUAUAUAUGAUAUAGAAGAAUAUUUCAGGAUAUAGUCCGUUUUUUUAUUUUACUUUAGCCACCCAGGUAAUUUAGAUAUGCCCAGCAAAAAGAAGAAAUACAACGCCAGGUUCCCUCCGGCAAGGAUUAAGAAGAUUAUGCAGACGGAUGAAGAAAUAGGAAAAGUGGCGGCAGCAGUACCUGUUAUUAUUUCGAGAGCCCUGGAGCUUUUUUUGGAAUCAUUGCUUACAAAGGCUUGUCAAGUCACCCAAUCUAGGAACGCAAAGACAAUGACGACGUCACAUCUAAAGCAAUGCAUUGAGCUGGAGCAACAGUUUGAUUUCUUAAAAGACCUGGUGGCGACGGUGCCGGACAUGCAGGGCGAGGGGGAGGAGAACCACACCGAGGGGGGAGGAGAAAAAGUCCCACGCAGGGGUCGAAAACCAGGAUCCGGUCGCAAGAACGGAGGGGCUGGCUCCAAAGGCAAGGACAAGAAGUUGUCUGGAACAGAGUCGGAGCAAGAGGACGACUCGGAAGACAGCGAGACAGACGGGGACGAGGAGGACGGCUCUCAGUCAAGCACAAAUCUGCAGGCUGCAUCCAGGUUCCACAGCUCAAACGCGUCCCCCCAGUACAUCCACAUGGGCAACAUAGUCUCGAUGGGCAGCAUGGCUCCAGCACAGUCCCCCGGCGGCAUGGCCUUCGCCCCCCACCCCUCCAUGAUGAGCAUUGCGCCGCCUCCCCCACCCCCCGCGCCGCACAAAAACGAGGAUGACGACGAUGAAGACUAUGACUCUUAGCUCCCUCUACUCUCCCUUCAACCACUCUGUCUCGCUCACUCUUUCUCACACACACACACACACACACACCUACACACACACUCUUAAAACGUUAUUUUCCGAUUCUUAUGUUGUUCUUCCGGCGGCUGCUGUAAGCAGACGAGGGAAAGACUCUUCAUCACAGCCCUCGACGACCACCACCGCAAGAGACAGAAAACUUGUUGUACAUUAAGUGUUUUAAUUUUCUUUUCUUUUUUUUAAGGAAAAAAAAAAAAAGGUUUUAUUUUAUUGUAGAGGAGAAUCCAACGAGGAUGUUUUUUAACAAGUCGGUCGUUCAAUUUUGACUAGGAAAAAAUGGCAGUUGUCACUGUUUUUUGCUACGAGCCCCCCCGCAGAGGCAGGAUAGGUGCGGUUUGUUGUUUUUUUUUUCCCCUUUUCGGCACUUUUCUUUCUUCCUCAAUCCUCUGUAGUAGAUGCGAAGUGAACAUAUCAGUCGUCGUCAUUCAGAUCCUCAGGUCGGUUAAAGAUAAUAUUCCAUAAGUGGUAGUUAACGCCUUAUUCUGGCCUUCGUUGCUCAUACAAAAGGCGACUAGCUGAGUUCAGGGCAGCAGUUUGUAGAGUAUUUGGACGGCGAAGGGAAACGCUGGCCGCUGAAGUGGUACAUUACCGUGUUAUCGAUUGGCUACGACACACCGCUGUUUAAGAUGUGAGCCCCCACUUCCCGGCUUUGUCACCACUUGCUAGUCAGUCCAGUCGUCAGGCUGUAACGUAAACAAGGAAGCAGGUGUAUUUUUACUAUAGGUUAAGCUAGCCGCUGCUUUUUUGAAUUAGUUCCUAUUUUUAAGUCACGUUUUUAUCAAGAGAACUGUAAACUUCCACAGCCCUGGAGCCAACCGCACAUCAGCAGGUUAAGGAUUCGCAUUGUGUUCAUUGUUGUUUUGGACGCCGCCAGAGGUUAGUUGCUUCGGCAGCUGGAGCUUGUAUAUUAUUUUAUACCACCGUUAAGUUCCCCCCACCCGAAUGGCCCAAUCCGAAGUAUACUGUGACUCUUGGACCAUAACUUUGUUUUUAAAGUUGUUUCUCUCCAUUGUCCUCUCUAAUUUCAAUUCUGGCCACCCCCUCCGAUUUUGAGUAAAUUUACCUUCAGCAUUUGUUUCUCCACCCCCCCCUCUUUUAGAUUGUUUUAAUUGUUAUAAGAUGGGGCUCCCGUUUAUGUGUCAGUCUUGUAAUGAAAUGGUUGCGAACAGACAGUUGACACUGUAUUGUAAACUUUUAACAUUCUUUUUAUUUUGUAUGGGUGAAAUAAAGUUCAUAUUUCAAUUUAAAAAAAAAAAAAAAAAA